AUGCUACACUUCAAAGUUCUUCCUGAAAGCUAUGUGACAUCCAGCGCAAAAUGCGCUCAAAUUGCACUUGGAUGCAACAGGGCAGCUCACCAAGCCGCGCUCCGAGGAGUCACCAAGGCCAAUCCUCAACUUGCCACCUUAACUCCCAAGGUCCGUGCAUUCGUAGAGCGUAGCGCGGCGCUAUGCGAGCCAGAGCACGUGCACGUGUGUGACGGCUCGGACGCCGAGGCGAGUGCGUUGCUGCAGUUAAUGCAACAUCAAGGCACGGUCAAACCUUUGCCGAAAUACGAGAAUUGCUGGCUCACACGCACUGAUCCAGCAGACGUAGCCAGAGUAGAGUCCCGCACGUUCAUAUGCUCUGAACACGAGAGGGAUGUAGUGCCUGUGGCAAGGGCUGGGCAAAAGUCUGCUUUAGGCAACUAUAUUUCGCCUGCUGAUUAUGAUAAAGCUGUUGCUGAACGGUUUCCGGGAUGCAUGCGAGGUCGCACCAUGUAUGUAAUCCCAUUCUCCAUGGGCCCCUUGGGAUCGCCUCUGUCCAAAAUUGGUAUAGAAGUGACUGAUUCACCAUACGUUGUCUACUCCAUGCGAGUUAUGACUAGAAUGGGCAGCAAAGUGCUCGAGGCCCUGCGCAAGGACGAGCAGUUCGUGCGCUGCUUGCACGCGGCGGGCCGCGCGGGGCAGCCGGCCUGGCCCUGCGACCCCGCGCGCACCAUCAUCCUACACCGCCCUAGUGAUAACGAGAUUAUCAGUUAUGGUAGUGGCUACGGAGGCAACAGUCUUUUAGGCAAAAAGUGCUUAGCUCUCCGCCUCGGCUCAGUUCUAGCGAAGAAGGAGGGAUGGUUGGCGGAACAUAUGCUGAUCGUGGGUAUAACAGACCCCAAGGGCAGAAAGCGGUACAUCGCAGCGGCAUUCCCUUCAGCCUGUGGCAAAACAAACCUGGCCAUGAUGACCCCGACCCUGCCCGGGUAUAAGGUGGAGUGUGUGGGGGAUGACAUCGCUUGGAUGAAGUUCGACAAGAAUGGGGUCUUGAGAGCCAUCAACCCUGAGAAUGGGUUCUUUGGUGUGGCACCAGGUACAUCAGAAGCAACAAACCCCAUAGCCAUGGCGUCAAUAUUCCGCAACACGGUGUUCACUAACGUGGCGGAGACGCAGGACGGGGGCGUGUGGUGGGAGGGCAUGGGGGAAGCCCCCGGGAUUCUCACAGACUGGAAGGGCCAGCAAUGGGAUAGUGGAAAGAAGACUCCUGCUGCUCAUCCUAACUCCAGAUUCUGCACACCAGCAAACCAAUGCCCGAUCAUAGACAGCGAGUGGGAGAGCGCGGAGGGGGUGCCCAUCUCCGCCGUGCUGUUCGGGGGGCGGCGGCCCGCCGGCGUGCCGCGGGUGCUGGAGGCGCGCGACUGGCCGCACGCCGUGUUCCUGGGCGCCGCCAUGCGCAGCGAGGCCACUGCUGCCGCUGAACAUGCGGGUAAGGUGGUGAUGCACGACCCCUUCGCGAUGCGGCCGUUCUUCGGCUACAACUUCGGGCAGUACCUGCAGCACUGGCUCAGCAUGCCGCGCGCCGGCCGGCAGCUGCCCAAGGUCUUCCAUGUCAACUGGUUCAGGAAGGAUGAACAGGGCAAGUUCCUCUGGCCGGGUUUCGGUGAGAACUCUCGAGUGUUGGAGUGGGUGCUGCGGCGCGUGGACGGGGAGCCCUGCCACGAGGCGACGCCUCUCGGCCUGGUGCCCGCCGCCGGAGCCCUAAACACCAGCGGCCUUGACGUCGAUAUGGAUCAGCUAUUUAGCGUCCCUAAAGACUUUUGGAUAAAAGAAGCUGACGCUAUAGAAAAGUAUUUCAAAGAAGAAGUAGGUGAAGAUCUGCCGAAUGAGAUGUGGGAAGAAUUGAACAAGCUUAGGACAAAUAUCCAACAAUCG